AUGGAGGAGCUACCAAGCUUGCCGGGAGAUGUGUUGGAUUUGAAGCUGCUACAGGCUUGGGCCUUAGCCCAGCAGAGGGCUUUGCAGGAGGUAAAGGCGGAGCUCACCAGCAUCAAACCCUUGGAGCCUGAGGAUGGCCACUAUCCUACCAGGGAGUUGGACACAGGACCACCCGACCCUGCGAUUGCAGCAGCUCGCUUCUCCGUUGUCCUUGGAGGGAACUGCGCUCUGGAACUCUUGCAGCGAUGGAAAGAAGUCGACCAGGCGCUGAAAUAUGCAUCCACCGACCUUUUGCAUUCCGAGGUGGCUUCUCUCAGUGCGGAUUUGGGGACGGCAAGGGCGGAACGCAUUGCAGCUCAUCACAGGUUGCAAGAAUGGAAAGAGAGAAAGCGAGCAGCGCAAAGUGCUUUGGCCAAGGCCAUGGAAGUGGAAGAGUCUGAAGACGACGAGGAUGACACGCAUUCAUUGGCGCCAUCUGAGAUGGCGACGUCAGAAUGUGGGGAUGAAAAGGGCCGAUCGGAGAAGAAGCGAGGUUGGGGUGGAGCGAAGAAGUUUCUUGGCAAGGGCUUCAAAAAACUGCGAGGCAAGAGUUCCCAAACGGGAAGUUUGACGCCUCCGGCGGUCACCUCGCCCGGUGGAGCAAUCAGGACACCGUCUCCUUUGUCACCCUGCAGGCCUCCAACUCCCAAGCAGCUCAUGGUCCAGGCCUCAAGCGAUGAGCUGGUGCUGGCCGCAGAAGGAAUCCAGUCAGCAGCAGAGGACUUGGACAAAGAGACUUCGAAGUGCCGGCAACUGGAGGAGGCCAUUGCUGAUUGCAUCGGCCAGCACCGAAGCGGAGCGCUGCAGCAGACCCGAGAGGCCCUGCGGGAUGGAGUUUGUGCGCUGGAAGAGUGGGGGGAUGGAGCGAGAGAAGCUGUUGAAGGUUGGGAACUUGAGAGCUUGGCGACUUCGGUAGGUGAUGAAGUGCCUAGCGAACAGAGUGAGCAUGACUCCGAGCAAAGCCAGGUGCCAAAGCAAGAAGCAUUGCCACAGGUCCAGACUGAUCCUCUGUUGCAGCUGGAGGACAUGGAGAAGGAAACGCAGGUGCUGCUGCGUCGAUUGCCUCCUGAUUUCUUGCUGCGGCACUUGUGUGAGGAGUGCGAUGAAGAUUCCGCAGGCCCUGUUGGACUCUCCGAUGAUGAGCUGGCGGCUGAACUGAAACGACUGGAGCCUGUCAACGAGGAUUUGGCGCGAAUGGCGCAGAUGGGUGCUGGCGUGGCAAAGCGCUUGAAGCAUGCCACCAGAGCCCUUGAGGGCAGGGCCCAAUGGCUGGAAGAUGUGGCAAAGACAGCGACGAAUGCGGCUGAAGCUUUUGGGCAGUACGGAUCAUCCCCCAGCAGCUCUUCGGAAACAGCGGCUGCAGUGGAAGCUUUCGAGCUGUCAUCAUCAUUGAGCCCCGCACAGGCGGUGGAAGAGCCGCGCGCCUUAUCGCCAAGAUCACCCUCGGUGUCUUCCAGACCCACUACUCCCCCGGCAGGCGAUGGGCGCUCGAAGCUCUCGAAAGCUGUGCCCACGCUCUCUUUGACAUCGAGUUUGGAGGUACCGGAUGGCAGCAGUGCAGCUCUUUCCCCAUCCUUUGGAAGUCCAGGACUGGGCCAGGACAGACUGCGAGAAGUUGCUGACGUGCACAGCCCCGGCGCGACGGCGUCGAGGAAUCCCUUUGAGGGGCUGAACCCCUUUGAGGGCAGCGAAGGCAGCAAUCCCUUCAGUGACAGCAGCGCAGAUGCCGCAGAUGGCGCCGAUGCUGGUGCCGGUGCCGGCGAUCGUGGGUCUGUGGAGAAGCUCAACCCGUUUAGUUCCGGCUCGGUGAAAGCUUUGGAGGUUGGAGGCAGCAACCCCUUUUUGGAUGCAGAAUCGGAGCUUGGAGGUGAUGCCAGUCCCGAGGAGAUGCACGAGAUGCAGGCCCGAGAGGAGAUGGUGCCCGAUGGAGAUCGAAUGGACGUGACAGAGAGCCCCGCGAGUUUGACCGAGGUUGGAGUCCCGCGGCCCGCCUUGAUCAAGAAACCCACGUUCGUGGAUGCCAUUUCCAAGACGUCGGAAGUUUCCGCCAGCCAAAGCAGCACCCCUCGCGUCACAUCUGUGACACCAGGUGCUGCUUCCAGUAUGCAGAUGUGGAAACCACCGUCUCCACGUCAACUUCCAAGCGGUUUGGCUGGAUGUCUGUGCAGCGUGCAGUCAAAUGCAAGGGAGGAGCUGGAUGAGGACGCGAAACAAAUUGUGGAUUCUCCGACUUUGGAGGCUGCUUUAGCUGCAAGCGACGCAGCUCUCGGCAAAGGCCGUCUGGGAAAUGGCGACUACUCGAACUGGCAGUGGAGGGAUCAUGCGGCCGAAGAAGGGCAUCAACUUCUCCGCUACAGCAGUCACUCACUGUCGGACAUUCUGACGGACGAGGACUGGGGCUAUUUCUCUUAUGAGUUGCUGCUCCUUUGUCGGCAUCUGCUGCGCGAAGGGCCAGCCCUGGACCAGGUGGCCAAUCUGAUUCCUAUCUGCCGCGUGCGUUUAGGCAUCAACAGUCGACUCCACCACCACAUCGUUGAGCUCUCGCGCCCCACCAGUGAGUCCUUGAGCCCGCUGGAUGUGCGCUACAGGGCAGCCCUGUUGCUACGGCUAUGGUCUCACUGGGAGACCUUUGAGUACAGCACCGUGGCAGAUCCUUCGAAAGAUUGGACCGCUCAGUGGAUCUGCGUGCAACUGAGAAUCCUCCGAGGAAGUGUCAUUGAGCGAGCCAUGGAACUGCAUGAGGAAGGGAACGAUGAUUCCAUCGCGGCCUGCAGUCGAUGUUUUCAAGCCAUUCGACAGCUACAUGAGAUCGCGAUGAGUGGCGACUGGGGCAAAGCACAAGCGCCGGACAGGCUGCUUCCAGCGAGUGGCCGGCGUGUGCUCACGAUCCUCUGCCGAGAGUUGGACGCUCUGAAGCCUGCUGAUUGCUGGUCCUUCAAUGUGGUCUUUGCCGCGCGGGUCUUCGGCACUCUCUGGCGGGCGGCUGCAGACGCCGAGGCUGAAGAUUGUCUCAGCCUGGAUGCGCCGAAUGUGGCCGCCGCACUGCUGUCUGGUCUUCAUCCACAUGUGGCACCGCUGCAGCUGGAGACUCAUGCCCUGCUUCUUGCGACACAGGUUUGGUCCGUUGCCUUCGCUUUGGGGGAGCAGCUACCGGCAAAGGCCCUGAUCACAGCUGAAAGCAUUUUGGGCGACUUCUCCCGCUGGCUCCAGAAGACCCCUGUGGACGCUGCUUCUUGUUUUGCUCGGCAAGGAGCUUCCUCCACGCACCAACCGCCUUUGGAAUUGGUCGCAAGACGUUUGCUCACCGUUGAUUUGCGAGAUCAACUGAUCCAGAGUCUCAGGGAUUAUCGGAGACAUUUCGAGCCCGAAGCCUUUCGGCCCGCUCUGCAGCUCUGGGCGCAGUGUUACAGGGAAACCCGAACCUCGGAGCCGGUGGCACGGGGUCGCAGCCAGGACCCGAGUCUCUCUGGAGGGCAGGAUGAGCCGGUGACGGAGAAGGCAGAAGAACUUCUGAGACGCUUCGGACAGUGGUUCGUCUGGGAGUCCAGCAGCAAAGCAGCUGAGCUCGCGUUACAUCCCUUCGACGAUCCUCCUCCAGUUCCUCCUGGGGAAGAGGCGUGGAAGCGCCUUGGGACCAAGAUCAAGACGUACCUGCAAGGCCUCACCGGUGCCGUCCAGUCUCUACUGGAAGAAUUGGAAUGCGAGAAGUCCUUCUACAAUGAGGCCUGGGCGGCUCAAGGCCUUGGCAAAGAGCACCUGGCUGUGGCCUCCAGCGCCAUGGUGGCGGCUGUGCGUCCCCGUGUGGAACGCCUCAAGCUGGGAGUGUGGCCAACGGAGGGCGUACUGGAAGUUCCGCCAGGUGGAGGACGCCUGAUUCAAGUCUUGGAGGCACUCGACCGAGAGGCGAGUCGCUAUCGCGCCAAGUCGGCCUCACUGGAGCCAUUGGUCGACAUCUUGGUGCCUCACGUUACUGCGGCGCUGACGGAAAGUUUGAAGACCUUGGACCGAGACAUCACGUCCCACGCGCUGGAGGGCAAUCCCACAUCGAUCUUCGUCCCCUUACAGCCGCCCACCACCAUCUUUUGCGAGGCGGUGGUGACCCUAUGGCGCUUCAUCCACGAUGCAUUGGAUGCGCCUCUGAGCCUUGGGAUCCCCGUGGACAUUGUGGUGAAUCCCUUCAUGGGCUUUCUGAGUGAGGUUCUACCUCGAAGCAGCGACCGUCUCUUGCGGUCCUGUGAACAACGAGAAGCCUUCGGGAUGUCCAUCCGUGCGGCGCAGAUCGCAUCGCAACUGAAACUCACGGGCUGUGCCAUUGAUUCUGAGGAGGAAGAUGGCGCCAAAGCCGAAGAUUCCAAACGCUCGGGCCGGAGCAGACGAAAGUUCUUCACGAAGUCGGAGAAGAGCUUUAUGGAAGAUGGCAGCAAAAAUGUCAUCAUAGAGGUGAAGUUGUUGGAGGUUAACCCGCAGCUGGUCGCAACGUCUGUGCAGCAGGUUAUGGUGCGGCUCUCGUCCAUUGGUUUCUGCUGUGGGGAACUGGCAGAAGUGCAGGCGAAACUCUUUAAGAUGAUCAACUCUGGAGAUGACGACGGUUGCCCCACUGCUCGUCACAAUGAAGCCCGGAUGCUGAUCUGCGAGGAGCUUCCAGAUCUGCAGGAGAGUUUGUUGUACCGCGGGCAAACCUUGGCAAAGUAUCUGGCCGCACGCCUGGUCUACUAUGAGCUGCGCUCGGAGCUGUUCGAAAAGUUGUACUUCAAGAGCUCCAUGGGUGGAACACCGACUCCCUCGGGCAGCAUCACCCCAGGUGCUACAAUGACCAGCACGUUUCUCCCAGAGAAUGCUGGUACCACACUGACCCUCAAGGACGUGGUCCUGAGUCGGCAAAAUAGCUUUCUCAGUCUCAUUGAACAGACUCCCAACAUCUUGUUGGUCAGCUUCGUGGCCGAGCUUGGCAUCGAGCUGACGCAUGCAUGGCUCUAUGUGAUUGUGGAUUACCUCCGAAGGCAAAAACUGGACCAGAUUUGCGAGUAUUUAGAGAGUGACCAAGAAGCGCUCAGUCGAUCGAUUGACUCCAUGAUGCAACUGACGCGGAAGCGGGUGCAAACCACUGCUCUUGGAGGUUUGACCCAUGAAGAUUGUCGAAACGUGGAGAAGAGGCUCGAAGAGGUGCAACGGCUGUCGCAGUGUUUGAUUGAGGAGAUCCAAUCUCGAACGGCUGAAGAAUUGGCGCGCUAUGCAGCCAAGCUUCGAGGCGAGCUUCCUCAAGGUGAUGGCAAUGCGCGCGAUCGGUCCCAAACACCACCUCCGAAGGCUCAUCCCAGGUCGGCCUCCCCUGCGACUUCGCAAUCAUUCGCGGCGGAAGUGUCCCUGUCACCCCGCGGUGCAUCGCCACUGCCGGACAGUCCAAAAGACCUUCAUGGCACUUCAGGCAAAAGGCGGGCCAAGGAGUUGUUCCAGCAAGCUUGGAAAGCAACAAAGAAACUUGGCAAGACUCACAAAGAUGGCAGAAGAGAUGAACGGCGCCCGACUUGGAACCGAAGAACGUCAGAGGGAUUCAAGCUACCAAAACAGCUGUAUGCUGGCAAUCUUGAUAUGAUGAGAAUCUAUAUAGCAUCCUAA